AUGGCACCACCGAAGGGAAUCAUGGAGCGUCUUGACGCUGGGGAGGUUGUGAUUGGAGAUGGAGGUUUUGUCUUUGCCCUGGAGAAGAGGGGCUACGUGAAGGCUGGUCCCUGGACCCCUGAGGCGGCCGUUGAGCACCCUGAAGCUGUCAGGCAGCUGCACAGGGAGUUUCUGAGGGCUGGAGCCAACGUCAUGCAGACCUUCACUUUCUACGCCAGCGACGACAAACUGGAAAACAGAGGCAACAAACUCUCCUUCACCGGCGCUCAGAUCAACGAGGCUGCGUGUGAUCUGGCUCGUGAAGUGGCCAAUGAGGGCGAUGCGCUGGUGGCCGGAGGAGUGUGCCAGACCCCGUCCUACCUGAGCUGCAAGAGCGAGACUGAAGUGAAAGGCAUCUUCAAGAAACAGCUUGACGUUUUCAUCAAGAAGAACGUGGACUUCCUGAUUGCAGAGUACUUUGAGCAUGUGGAGGAGGCUGUGUGGGCUGUGGAGGUGCUGAAGGAGACCGGGAAGCCUGUAGCCGCUUGUUUGUGCAUCGGACCCGAGGGCGACAUGCACGGAGUGUCUGCUGGCGAGUGUGCUAUCCGACUGGUGAAGGCCGGUGCUCAGAUUGUCGGAGUGAACUGCCACUUUGACCCAAUGACCUGUGUGGAAGCAGUGAAGCUGAUGAAGGCAGCGGUGGAGAAGGCCGGACUGAAGGCACACUACAUGGUGCAGCCUCUGGCCUACCACACUCCAGACUGCAGCUGUCAGGGCUUCAUCGACCUGCCUGAGUUCCCCUUUGGUCUUGAGCCCAGGAUCCUGACCCGUUGGGACAUGCACAAAUACGCCAGAGAGGCCUACAACGCUGGCAUCUACUUCAUUGGAGGCUGCUGUGGCUUCGAGCCCUACCACAUCAGGGCAGUGGCCGAGGAGCUGGCUGCAGAGAGAGGAGUCCUGCCAGCUGCAUCUGAGAAACACGGAACCUGGGGAGCCGGUCUGGAGAUGCACACCAAGCCAUGGGUCCGAGCAAGAGCCCGUCGUGACUACUGGGAGAACCUGAAACCUGCUUCUGGUCGCCCCCUCUGCCCCUCCCUGUCCACCCCAGAUGGUUGGGGUGUUACCAAGGGCGACACAGACCUCAUGCAGCAGACAGAAGCAACAACCAAGGACCAACUCAAGCAGCUUUUCGACAGGCAACAGCGCCCUCUCGUGGUGUCGCUCAGCUCCAAAAUGGCGGCUCCCUCCGCUCGACUGAUACAGGCUGUGCGGCCUCAUGCUCCUCUGAUCAAAUUCCCCAACAGACAAGGCAAUCCAAAGCCUAAUGUCCAAGAGGCGCUAAAAACACUUGCUGUGAACUUCCAGCAGCACAACACUCCUUCAGCUCCUCCUCCUCCUCCUCCUUCUCAGUUUGCUCGACCACAUGUUCCUCUGACCCUGAUCCCCGGCUCUCCCGACACGCUGGCCUCCGUUCAGCUGCUGCCUGCGCGGUAUCGCCGCAGACCGCUGAACACUGAUGAGAUGGAGUUCAUUCAGCGUGGCGGUCCUGAAUGA